UUUUUUUCCCCUCCUUCUCCUGCACAGAGUUCUAAUGUCCAACUCUGAGAGGUGGAGAGCGGUCCCGUAAAGUACCAGCUGUCUGAAAACGUAGGACAAACUGUUGCGACUUAUUUUGUUGGGAUUCUAUUUUUUUUUUCUUGUGUGGGGGAAGGAAAAACUGCGUAUAUCUAAGGUGUCCAGGUGAGUCCUUCCUCAGACUGCCAUGCAAGGCCUGGGUGUAUUGAACAGCGUGUGUAGGCGCUGGAAAUCUGCUGCCUGUGUCCUUAUCUUUCUGGCCUCGCUGCUGCUGCUGGCCUUCACUGUAUUACUGCAGUUUGGAGUUCACAAAGUGACAAGACGAUCCGUUCCCACCAAUAACAACAUGACAGCCUCCACCUCGUCGCAAGUACGGUUGGUGAAUGGCAGAAGCCGGUGUGAAGGUCGUGUGGAGGUGCAGCACAAUGGCACAUGGGGUACGGUGUGCGACGAUGACUGGGACAUGGUGGACGCCAACGUGGUGUGUCGGCAGCUAGACUGCGGGCUGGCCAUGGCUGUGGGCAGCAGCUACAGGUUUGGCCAGGGCUCUGGGCCCAUCCUGCUGGACAACGUAGACUGCAAGGGGGAGGAGACAGACCUGAGCCAAUGUGGCAACCAGGGCUGGGGCAUUCACAACUGCUACCACUAUGAGGACGUGGCCAUCAUUUGCAAAGGUAACACUGUCAUUGGGCCUAGAGGAAGCCCUGAGGGGCCCACCACUCCAUCUCGAAGAAAUUCUGGUUUAAGAGACGGUACCAUCCGGCUAAUGGGCGGCCCAGACCGCUGCCAGGGCCGGGUGGAGAUCUACCAUCGUGGCAGCUGGGGGACGGUAUGUGAUGAUGACUGGGGGAUGCGGGACGCUGUGGUUGUGUGCCAGCAGGUCGGCUGUGGUCCUGCGGUCACCUACACCACCAACGCCUACUUCGGCUAUGGCACUGGCCUCAUCAUGCUGGACAACGUCAACUGCAAUGGCUACGAGAGCCAGCUGGCCACCUGCUACAGCCUGGGCUGGGGCAUUCACAACUGCGGCCAUCACGAGGACGCUGGGGUCAUCUGCACAGGAUUGGGUACUACCACUGCUCCCCCCCUUGACAUGGAGACCCUGGGCAGAGCAUUCUUCCACACAGAGAGCACAGCAGAGACAGGAGUGACUGUUCCAGUUACAGAUACGACUGCAGCUGAACCCACCACAGCCAUAACCACAAGAGAGCAGCCCAGUGUCCGCGUGGCGAAUGGAAACAGCAGUUGCCAGGGUCGCGUAGAGGUCUCCUACAACAGCGUCUGGGGCACGGUGUGUGAUGAUGACUGGGACAUGGACAAUGCUCAGGUGGUGUGCAGACAGCUUGGGUGUGGCCCCGCCCUCGCAGCCGUCCCUCUUGCCUACUUUGGCUACGGCUCCGGUCCCAUCCUGCUGGACAACGUGGAUUGCCAGGGAAACGAGAGAGCGCUGGCCGACUGCUUCAACCUGGGCUGGGGGCAGCAUAACUGUGGGCACCAUGAGGACGCUGGGGUCAUCUGCUCAACUUUCCAGCCCUUGGCAGGAACAUCGAGAAGUUUUGGUGUGACAGAAAGGACUGUCACCACCUCAGCUCCAGCGGAGGGUGCGAUAAGGUUGUCAGGUGGUCAGCACCGCUGUGAGGGCCGUGUGGAACUGUACCAAAGUGGUGAGUGGGGUACCGUAUGUGAUGAUGCCUGGGACCUCCCAGACGCCCAGGUGGUGUGCAGGCUGCUCGGCUGUGGGGAUGCUGUAGCUGCCCGGGUGGAGGCUUUCUUCGGACCAGGCAGGGGCACCAUUCUCCUGGACAAUGUGAAAUGCACCGGCACAGAGGCCUCACUCCAGCAGUGCUCCCACAUAUCGUGGGACGUCCACAACUGUGACCACUCAGAGGACGCCGGCGUGACAUGUUCACUCUCGUGAUUCCAUACCCGC